AUGUUUGAUAAGGAUUGUAUUCAGCAGUAUUACGGGUUUGUGUCCCAUUGGACUACUGCAUACAAUCGCCAAGAGGAGAAUUUUGUUGCGAUUCCACUAAGAACAGUCCGUUUUUCUAACUUAGUUACUCAGAAGUUACGACUUUCAUUUUGGCUAUCUACUUUCAGCAUGCCAAGACUUUGUCGAUCCAGGAACCGGCAUUUCGAAUUGUCAUCGAAAUAA